UUCACUCGCUUCAUGAAAUUGGUAUUACACGGGAGCUCGUUUCGUAUUCUAUACAUGCUCAGAGGAUGUUUCACAUACGGCAAAGACAGAGAUGUGGAGAAACUGAUCAAACAGGAUAAGUAAAAAAUUCUAUUUCCGUUUCAUGUGUCUGUUAUAUUGUCAUUGCGACCUUUUCCUAAAGACCAUUGUCUGAAUUACCACUACCAUGAAUACAUGACACCUUUUACAAUUACUACUACCAUGUAGACAUGGCAUGACUCUAAAACCUUCUAUUUUGUAUUGGAUCUCAAAGCUUAAAAAGAGAUAGAUUGCAAAGUCAAACACAUGUACCACAAUUUCCCUGUCUCGACGAUCCUUGGUACAGUUAAGGAAGGAUUUUCUUAAAUUAUAUUCAACGGAAGGUAUUUGAGGCAAGUGGAAUUAUUACAAUGCGGAUUCUCAAACACAAUUAAGCAUUUGCUUGCAUUUUUUCAAUCUCAGAAGAAAAAAGUUCAAUUCCUUCAAACAUUUGAUUUAUAAACUUUGUACAGCACUGUCCCACACAGCAAAUUUAAGGGUUUAAAAAUUUACUGAGAAAACAAUAUGUGAAAUGCUGGACUUUCUUAUCGAUAACACCAAUGUGAAUCUUUUGGCAUAUGACAUUUACACAAAAGUAAGCGUCCAUAUGGCCACCAAUUAUGCUCCUCUCCUUGUCGCCCCUGUUUCAUAUUCAGACACGAAGGAUGAUUAAACGGUCUCGAAAAGGGUAAGCAUGUACUGGUCUACUGGCACCACUACAAUUUGACUAAAUAAGGAAGUGUUUGUUUUCUUGCCUGAUGCUGCACAGCAGUACUUACACUAUUAUGUCACGCGCCUUCAACUUCUGUUUCUUUGUUUUUAGUUGCACGUACAUAUGUAUAUGUAAGUUGUCCACGUCAGAAGUCAUGGUAUGCUGCCAACAGGACUUGCAACUUGGUUAAGCUUAAUAUACCUGUUCAGAGCAGUCUUCUUCGCAUCAGGAGAGACUUCAAAACAUAUUGGAUAGGUUUAUACAAAUAUCUACACAAGAAAUGGAUCAACGGAAAGGAGGCUUUGAAGUACGAUGGGUAUCACGGUAGUGCCUCUUCAGACACAAAGUGCCUGAGUGUAUACAAGCAGUCGAAUGGAAGAAAGCGUUUAUACUGGAGGCCAUGUUCAGAACAAAGGAGGUUCAUAUGUGAAGAUGUAAAAAUAUCUACAGCGUCAACCACAAUGACACCAACAUCAUUACCGCAAUCCUCAUCAUUAUCAACCAUAUCACCAACAACGACUCCAACAUCUUUAACACAUCCCUCAUCAUCAGAAACAAAAUCGAAGCCACAAGGAGGUGUUGGUACAACCGAUGGCGUCCACUCUACCGAAGUAACGACGCCACUUGCAGGACGGAAAGAUGCCAUGAACUCUUCGAGCAAUCCCCAGGCAGGUGGCUUCAUAGGACUAGGUAUAGGAUGUGUGCUGCUUGUGCUGGCAAUCCUCAUUGUAGUCGUCGUGUUGAGAAGGCAAAAGAAACUGUGCUUUAAGACAAAAAGUGGGAAUCAACCAAUACACUUCACUUCAGUCACAGAAAACACCACCUAUGGAUUAGCCGUUCAGGCACAAACAGGAAAUGAAGCAUAUUCAGUCAUAACACCUCCUGACAUAGAUAGAACAUCCACGUCAUCCACGGUUCGAACGGCGAUAGUCCGACCAAAUGCUCACAAUGACAACAUCUACAUCAACACCUCUCAGAUUAAUGAUGAGGAUGAGUACAAUGUGUUGUCAGAAUCCGACAACUCCAAGAAGGUUAUCCCACACGGGAAUCCCUACAAUCACCUCUCGGGACCUGACAGAGGUAACAAGUCCAAAGGAGACUACGACACUGCAAACUGUGUUCCACAGGCAGGAGAGGCGACCACUGGGCUGAAACACAUGGCCGCAGAUACACGACUCUCUGAUGUAGCGAGUGGUCAGAACUUAGAGGAGGGUCAGUACAAUGUGCUCGGUCAGCACGACUCUCCCAGAACAGCUGAUGCCGACGCGGGGGUGUACGACCACGUGGCAGCGGACGAGGGGGAUUAUGACACUGCACUGCAGGGUAAGAAUCCCAGCAAAGUGGAUGAUACUUACAGUCACAUUCAGAGGACAAGCACUGAAUGUGAAGAGGAUGCUUAUGAUGUUGCAAGUAAGCGGCAACCGGAAGGAUGUUCUGAUGACACCUACGACCACGCCGCUAAGAUCGAUGAGGAAGACAGAGACACGGCCGACUACUACAACACAAAGUGUCUUCUUCGAGACGAUGGGAAUCUUGAUGGACAUCCCGGAGGUGAUGAUCGGUCUGAUGAAAAUGAUCAAGAAAACGUUUACAGUCUUGCCAAGGACAUUUCUGAUGCCUAAGUAUUGACAAAAUAAAGUUUUCAUGUUAUUUUAUAGCACUUGUACACAAUUUAUACGCUUUACAAAACACCAGUUUCCUCUUAUUGAUUGGUGUAAUCUAAUGGACAAUCUAUUAUGUGCACAUAUGAAUCUGAUUCUUUAAGAUUUAUUUGUUCCUGGUGUGUUAUGAUAUUUGAUGGCAGCUUAUGUCUUGAUAACUGAGAAUAAUGCAUGAUUUGUAAUAUCAUUGGACAUCGAUAAGUGUUAUUUGAUUUUCCUCCUUGCAGGAAUAGCUUCUUUUUAAUUUCAUUUUAUUCAAUAUACAGUAAACUACGGCUAUAACGAACUCAAAUUUUAGUUCGUACUAACCGUAGUUUGUUUUAAGUCUGGACCAGACAAUCCAGUGACUGACAUUAUGAGCAUCGAUCAGCGUAAUUGGGAUACCAUGACAUGUUUCAUAUAUACUGAAGUUUAAAAGAAUAAUCAUACUCGCAUAGCUCCAUCGGCGUCAUUGUUGUCGUGGUAACGUUGGUGUUCCUUGACAUUAAUUGCGGAAUUGUUAUUGAUGUUGUUUUUCUGUACAAUGACACCAGACCUAAUGUUUUAAAGAACACUUCUCACAAUUGAUAGGAAAAUGGUUAGAACGUUCUCCCUUCACGAAUUCUGCGAGGAUUUGAUUCCCUACACGGACGUUGAUGUCCUUUAUCUCCUUCCUAACGUUUGUACAUACCAUGAUAUUCAAUAAAUAGUCACUAUUGCGAAAUUGUUAUUGAUGUUUUUAAGAACAAUGACACUAGACUUAAUUGUUCAAAGACAUCUACUCACAUGUGAUAGCACAAUGGUUAGUACGUUCUCCCAUCACAAAAAUAUGGCAAGGAUUAGAUCCCCACACGGACGUUGAAUGCCCUUCAUCUGCUGCCUAACGUUUAUCGUGGAGUGAGUGAGUGAGUUUUAGUUUGCGGCGCUUGCAGCAGUACUGUCAUCAUGACAAGCUGGGAACAAUAAUUCAGCAUCGAACUCAGGAAUGAACUGAAACCAACAUGUCUGGAAACAGUUGCCUUUAAUCAGGUAUCGACCCAUCUUUUUGAUAUACACAAGAUACACCCUUGAACGGGAUAUAAUGUAGACUUGUAUAGUAGUCACCAGAUGUAAACAGGAGCGUGUCAGCGUUUAGGAUUAUGAAAAAGAGGAAAACCGAUCAUCUUAGGAAGCAAUGAAUGAGUGUAUGAGUGAGUGAAUAUUGCAAUUUUGAUGAAACUGCUUCGUAUAAAGAAGAUGCGUUCUACGAAACAAACGACGAAGAUGGUGAUGGAAGCGCACUACAAUCUUGCAUUACCUUCACUUGCCGUUGAGAGAUCACGCACGCUACAUAUAUACUUCAAAUAUACUACAUAUAACCUUAUGAAAGAAUAAUCUUAUCUGCUUGGUAUUAGGAAACUAUUGUGUAUAUACAUUAAGUACAUAUUUAAAGAUAUUUGCCAUCUGAAUAAACUACAAAAAAAAGAGUUAGAAAUGGUAUUUAACUACUAGGCUGUCAUAUGAUAUUGUGGGACGUGAUAUUACAAAUGGUUUAGUAUAGUUAUAUGUAUAUGAAAUGAUAUGAUGUGACAUGACAUGAUGUGAUAUGAUUUGAUAAGUGUUGUGGUGUGAUAUGAUACAUGAGGGGAUAUGAUGCAAUAUGUAAUGUGUAUUAUAGAAAUUGUGUAAAUACUGUUUUUAAGUGUACAUUUUAUAAGGCUUGCGGUCUUCCAGUGUUGAAUAAAUAUUGAUUGAUAUAUAUGAAAUAAAUUAGCAUGUAUUGACAUGGCAUUAUAUGGUAUGAUAUGAUAAGAUAUGAUGGGACAAGCUAUGAAAUUGCUAAUGUGUUGUGUGAUAUGACAUGUUGAAAUGUGAUAUAAUAUAGGUGUGAUAUAUGGUACAAUGGUAUGUAUGGUAUGUU